AUGUUGCGGUGCAGCAAGCCAGACCCGAGAUUCGACGCCAGCAUCGACCGCAAGACCGGCUACCGCACCAUGAGCGUCCUGUGCAUGCCCGUCUGCAACUACGAGGGCGAGGUCAUCGGCGUUGCAGAGAUCAUCAACAAGAAGAAUGGCACCAAUGAGUUCACGGAGGGGGAGGGGGAGGUGUUCCGGCGUUACCUGACCUUCUGCGGCAUCGGGAUCCAGAACGCUCAGCUGUACGAUAUGUCGGUGCGCGAAUACAAGAGGAACCAGCUGCUUCUCCAGCUGGCGCGCGGCAUCUUCGAGGAGCAGACGUCCCUCGACCGCCUCGUCACCAAGAUCAUGACGGAGGCGAGAGAACUCCUCAAGUGCGAGCGGUGUUCCGUGUUCCUCCUCGACCCGCAGAUGAAGAACAACACAAAGGGCGGAAGUUCGCUCCCCAACCCCGGCAGCCCUGAGCCCGAAGAGGAAAAUGGCGAAGCUCUUGUCAUACGCCAGAGCCACCCUCCGCCUCCCGAUGAGCUCAUGCGGAUACCAGUUGAGACGCUGACGGUGCACAUGGCCUUCGAGCUGCAGUCGCGCAACGGGGAGUGCAGGGUGACCCAACCCUCGGGGGACCAGGCCUCCUCCUCCUUCCACGCGAGACUGGCUAAUUACGUUUGUUCUACGGGACAGACGGUGAACAUCAACAACGUGGUGGAGUGGCUCGGCUCCCCCCUGGAGGACUCCGGCAUGGUGACCCACAGCGUCCUCACAAUCCCGAUCUUCAACUCCUCGAAGAAGAUCCUCGGAGUGGCGCAGCUCAUCAACAAGGAAAACGGCCUCCACUUCUCAGAACAUGAUAUCAACACGUUCGAGGCCUUCGCUAUCUUCUGCGGCCUCGGAAUACAAAACACCCAAGUCUACGAGAAAGCCUGUCGUCUGAUGGCGCGGCAGCAGGUGGCGCUGGAGUGCCUCAGCUACCACGCCACGGCCUCGCAGGAGGACACCGACAAGCUGCGGACGGUGGAGAUCCCUUCGGCAGCGGACUUUGAUCUCUAUAACUUCGAUUUCUGCGACACGUUUCUGACUGACGACGAGACUCUGAAAUGCGCCAUCAGGAUGUUCGUCGACCUCGAUCUGCUCAACACAUUCCACAUCUCAUACGAGGUGAUAUGUCGCUGGCUGUUGAGCGUAAAGAAGAACUACCGGCCCGUGAAAUAUCAUAACUGGAGACACGCACUCACCGUCUGCCAGACCAUGUUUGCGAUGCUGAAGACGGGCAAAAUGGAACAAUUCAUGACGGACCUCGAGAUGCUCGGUCUCCUGGUCGCCUGCCUCUGCCACGACCUGGACCAUCGCGGGACCAACAACAGCUUCCAGACCAAGACCGACAGCCCCCUUGCUAUCCUGUACUCGACGUCGACGAUGGAGCACCACCAUUUCGACCAGUGCGUGAUGAUCCUUUCGCAGGACUCCAAUAAUAUCUUCCAGGUGAGGUCGGAGGAAUACAGGAAAGUGAUGACCGUGGUGGAGAACGCCAUCCUCAGCACCGACAUGGCCAUGUACUUCAAGAAAAAGGACGACUUCCUUGAGAUGUCUGACAACGGGGAGUUCGACUGGCAGAGCGAGGAGAAGAAACAACUCCUCUGCGGGAUGAUGAUGACCGCGUGCGACGUGUCGGCCAUAGCGAAGCCUUGGGAGAUCCAGCACAAAACGGCGAAGCUUGUAGCCGACGAGUUCUUCGAGCAGGGAGACUUGGAGAGACUGAAGCUGAACGAACAGCCGAUU